AUGUUGCGGAUUGGUCCCGUAUCCGGAGCCUGGGGCCAUCUGGCCAACUUUUGGUUCUUCCUGGCGGCCAUCUUCAGCGACAUUCUACUCAUUCGUAUCUGCCUGGUCGGAGGCUUCCUCUUCCUCAUCAUCAACGCCUUUACGGGUCUGCCCCUCGAACCCGAUGUUUUCAUCAGCACCAGCUGGCCCGAUGGCACCAUUUUCUUGGACCUGAUCAUCUGGUCGGUCGUCACGGGCAGCUUUCACGUCAUUGCCAUCUGGAUUCACCUCUGCGAUGAGCGCCAACUCAAGCUCGAUGACAACGAGGAACCGAUUUGGCGCUACUUUUACCGCCGCGCGGGCAUGCCCCGCACGGAAUUUCGCAUGGCUUUUGAAAAGGGUGACUUUGUACGCUACAAGGCCGGUGACAUUAUUGUUGCAGAGAACGACUCCUUGCACCAUCUCCACCUCCUCGUGGAUGGUCUUGUCGAGUUCCAAUCCGCCUACAAUGAUCGCGAGGGCGACGCUCGCACGCUCCACUCCGGUGACCUCUUUGACCUUGAGAUUGCCAACCUUUUCGGUGUGCGCAUCGGUUUCGAAUCUGAUGGUUUCCGUGCCCGUGCCGUGACCAACUGCCUGCUUGUUCGCUGGCCCUUUGAGGCCGUCCAAAGCAUGGCGGCUGGUCCACCGGCCCUGGCCUCCUACUGGCGCAGCCUCGUGCUCUACCAGGUUGCUGCUGAGCUCAACCGCACUCACCUCGACGCCUCCGAUCUGCCCAGCGACUCGCAUGGCCAUCUGGAAGACCCCGAUAUCUUGUCAGGCGGUCGCUCGCGUGAUUUUACCGAGCCUCUGAAAGACCACGAGCUCCCUCCUCCAACCACCUUCAAAUCCAUCUUGCAAUGGCUCUGGCGCUCCGCCAGCCCCUUCCCACCCCCGGGUCUGCGUCAUAACACGCUCCCCACCUCUGGUCAGAUGGCCUCGCAACGUCUGGUGGAAAUGCGCACGCGACUGGCCGAGCUGGACAAGAUGCAUGCCAGCAACGAGCAACCCUUCACCUCCGUCUGGACCGGCGGGGCUCGUGAAAGCCAGAACGCAGCCCUCAUGCGCCGCGUUACCAGCCGCCUCAAGCGCGCCCAAUCAAAGAACAAACCGGAACACCCUGAUAACGACGCUAAGGAAACGGGCCAGAUUGUACAUGACCUGGCGCUGGCCCUCUCUCGUAACAGCGAGACCCCGCCCGCAGACGCCAAUGAAACCGUUCAGGAAACUUCCCUGAGCGCCAGCGAGCAGCCGGCCUCUACCAACCAGAAGAGUGUCAAGCGUAAGGUUUCCGUCAAAUCGACCCGCCGCGUCUCGACGCAAUCGGCAAUCCUCUAA